AUGGCCGGAUACUCCUACGACGGAUCCUCGUCUUCGGCCGCACCACCACCGCCCUACUCCGUGACCGCUUCCGCUUCCGCUUCCGCUUCCGGCUCCGGUAACUUUGGAUCCACCUCUUCGUCCCUGUUCGCGCCGCCCCCGACUACCGCCUACGCCACACACGGGGAGUCUCACGCCGGCCCUUCUUCGGGCUACCCCUCGUCACCGCCCGACCACCUUCGGAUCUUGGACUCCAAGUGGCGCCUGGCCGAUCCUAGGUCGUCUUCGGCUCACUCACUUGCCCCGUCCAUAAAGGAUCGCGAUGGCGUCACCCGCCGAACCUUGCUCGUCAUCUACAUUCACGGAUUCUACGGCAACGAGUCGUCGUUCCGCUCCUUUCCAGCUCAUGUUCACAAUUACCUGAAGGAGGCACUGGCCGAGACUCACGUUGUCCACUCCAAAAUUUAUCCCCGUUACAAGACCUACAAGGCCAUCGACGUGGCUCGGGAUAACUUCAGCCAGUGGCUGGAACCCCACGAGUCCGACUCUACCGAUGUGAUCCUCGUCGGCCACUCCAUGGGUGGUUUGCUUGCAGGAGAGGUUGCCAUGAUGCCUAACCGGCACCCCUAUAGGCGCCAGCCGUAUAAGCACCGCAUCCUUGGCACUGUUUCUCUUGAUUCGCCGUUCCUAGGGCUUCAUCCCGGUAUCAUCGUGGCUGGUAUCUCGAGCUUGUUCAGGCCGGCAUCGCCAGCCGAGGAAAAGCACGACCAAUUGGAUGCCUCGUCAAACUACUUGGGUUCCAACAACUCAACUAUGACCAGCCCCAACCCGUCCAUGUACACUCUGGAGACAAACAGCUCCUUGGGCGCCGAGCUCUCCCCUCACCCAAGCAACUCGCCAUCUCUGUCCUCGAACGGACCGCCGCAACGACCCGAUCCCAACUUCAAUCCGCCUUUCUUCAACGACCUGAAUUUAAAAGACCGCUCCUUCAUGAAGCGUCUGGGCCACUUCGCCAAGAAGCACAGCCACGAGGGAAUCUGGGACGCCACCAAGAACCACGUCAUGUCUCAUCUCGAGUACGGCGGCUGUCUGGCAGAUUACCCGGGCUUGAACGCCCGAUACAACAAACUUCGCGCCAUGGAGAGCGUCGACCCACUGCAGCACGUGGGCGACGGCGCCAACUACGGGAACAACGUGAACAAGCCGCCUCCCGCCAGGGUGCGGUUCGUCAACUACUACACCCUCAGCACGGGAAGGCCGAAGAAGCCAAAGACGCCGGACUCAUACAAGUCGCCAGAAUCUCCAGCGUCUCCGGAGGAGAGGUUCAUCUCUGCCCCCAUCAAUACUCUCGAGGUUGGCUCUCAGCUAUCGCCCGCCGCGGUAUCAACGCCCAGAAUUUCUGUCGAAGAGUCCGAUGAUGGGAAGAGCAUGGAACUCCUGGAGCCGAUCCCGAUGGAGGACGUGGACGAGAAGCUUUCAACGCUCCAGGAAGAACAGCAGGCGAGGUCUGACCACGAUUCCACGGAAACCCCAAAGUCAACAAAUGCACUUCGACGCGGCCAGUUACAAGACGCGCCAGAAGCAAAGGGCAAGGAAAAGCAGAGGCUGGACGAUGAUGCUACUCCUCUUGAACCUUCCACCAUAGCUGUACAGAGCAACGCGGCCGCUUCCGAGACAGGGGAAGAUCAAGAGGCGCCCCCUACGGGCGAUAUGACGGACGAGCCGGAACUUCCUCCCAUUCCCGACCUGCCUGAACAACCGACGCCCCCUGAUCUGGAUAGGUAUACAGACAAGGACGCCCGGAAGCAGGCCGAGAAGGAGGGCAAGCGGGCACAGAAGGCCUACGAAAGUGCCGUCAAAUCCCGGGACAAGGCCAUCAAGGAGCGCCAGAAGCUCGUCGAGAAGCGACGUAAAAAGGCUGAGAAGGAAGCCCAGAAGGAGGCGCAGAGGAUUGAGAAGGAGGAACAGAGACUGCAGAAGGAGGAGCAGAAGAGGAGGCAGGAAGAGGAGGCCACCAAGAAGAAGGAGGCCAAAGAGGCCCAAAAACAGGAGACGCAGGCCGAGGGCGAGGCUCGCAGGCUGGCGGAGGAAGCCCGGCGGAUGGAGAGGGAGGCUCGCAGACUGAGAGGAGAACCGCUUGAGCCCGAGCCCGAGGCUGAGGCCGAGAAGCAGCCUGAGAGUGGAAGUGUCGCCGAGGCCGAAGCCCGCAUUGCGGCAACGGUUAUCGCCGCAGCCGCAGUCGCAGCGCCGGCUUCGAUCAUGGCCCAGGUAGAUAGGCCGCCGGCCGCCGCGCCAUCCUCAUCGACGGGCGGCGGCACCAGCUCCUCCGCCUCGAUGUCCAAAGCGGCGGCGGCGGCACCACCAGCAGCAACGCCGGACCCGGGCAAGCCCAAGAAGGAACGCAAGUUCUGCACGCUGCCUCGCAAGGUCAACGGCCGUCAGGACGAGACGUGGGUGCCCGUGACCAUGCAGGGUAUGGACGAGGUCGGCGCCCACUGCGGGCUGUUCCUUCCCGGGCCGCACUACGAUGGGCUCAUCGGUGACGUGGGCGAGCGCAUCGUGGGAUGGGUCCAGGACGACCUCAGCGUCAGGGCGAUACUGGACAUGUCAUGA